UUUACCUGCCCAGGUGAGGUGCUAAGCGAAGUCGCAGUCAUGCUGGAGGGUCGGCACUCCCAAGACGUGGUAACUAAAUUUGGCAGCUAACUAAGAAUGAAGGAGGAUAAUCUUAAUCGAGGCUGGAUGCCCAAUAUACGCCGAAACUCGCCCGCUCCUUUGGAUUUGGGCCACAUGGCGCACAGCUUCACCUGCACUGAUCCGAAGGCCAACGAGGUAUCUCCUCAAACUCCUCCCCCGAAAGCAAAUAAUCUAGCAGAUGACAACGAUGACGAUGUCAUCACACACAUCAUGGGGGACUUUGGGCCCUGGCAACUGCGCUCCCUGCUCAUCCUGUUUCUCUGCAAGAUUCCCGCCGCCUGGUUCAUGGCCUGCAUCCUGUUCACAGCGCCGGAUUUGUACCCCGAGGAGGAGUACAAGUGUGAUACGAGGGCUUUCGGGCCGGAGGUCAACUCCACCGUCUCGCUGGACCACUGCUAUGUGAUGGUUAACUACGGAGAGUCCGGCUACGCCAUGCGCCAGUGUCGGAAGUUCCUCUACACCACGGGCUUCCACUCCCUGACCAUGGAGUUCGAUUUGGUGUGUCUGUGCGACUUCUUUGUGGCCUGGUCGCAGUACUGGCACCUCUUUGGCCUCCUAAUCGGUGGCGUGGCGGCCACCAAGUUGAUGCGGGUUCUGAGUCCCCGACAGAUUUAUGGAACUGGCAUCUGGUGCCUGCUCAUGUGCAGCCUGCUGAUGGGUCUAGUCAAGGACUUCAGUCUGCACUGUGGACUCCGAUGCCUGGCUGCUGUUUCGUGCUGCUUUAUGAUCACCUCGGGGCAGUAUAUAUUUGGUGACAUAACAGCGGGAAAAUAUCGCGUAGGAGCGCUCCUGCUUUACGACUGCUUCUGGGCUCUGGGCUUGAUCCUGCUCCCUGGCUUGGCCUCCAAUGCUCCCAGCUGGCAGCACAUAUACUUGGGUGUAACUCUCUCCUUGCUGGUGAUUGUCUUCCUGCUGCCCUGGACUCCGGACUCACCGCGCUGGCAGCUGCAACACACCAAGGAAGCCCAACUGGCCAUCGAGCGAACGGUGGGAGUCCUGCUGGAAGCAGCCCGUACCAAUGGUAGAAUGCACAAAGUGUCCAAGGAGUUACCCGCGCAGUUGGAGGAGCUGAGGGAAAGGAUGCUGGAGCCAAUGCCCGCAGUGCAUUGGAUGCACUUGUGGAUGGGCCAGCGCAAGAGUACUUUCCACUUGGUGGCCGUGCACAUGGCACUGGCCACCUUCAUGGUGGUCAACACUGGGCUGCUGCUCCAUGUGCGGUCCUUUGGCAGGGAGCACCUGGUGUCCAACACAUUGGCCAUGGGGCUGGCCGAGAUGCUGGGUUGCUUCCUGGCCCUCCACCUGACCUUCAAUCAGUGUGAACGCAAGUGGCAGUGGGCCGGGGGAUUUGCCAUCGUGGUCGGCUGCAUCGGUAGCAUCUGUUGGUUCCUGGCCGAGGAGGAUAUGCCUGAGGUGUAUGGACUGACGCUGGGCUUGCUGAUGGCCUCGCUUCCCCAGGCGGCCGUGGCCUGCGCCCAGUCCAUGAUCUUGGCCUGCCUGGGCGAACUAGUGCCAGUGGAGCAGCGUAGUUGCCUCUCCUUCUCCGCCGUCACGUGGGCGAGGGUGUGGCAGCUCUCCGCCUCUUUUCUCACGCUGCUCAGGCAGGUGAGUCCCGCCCUCUCCCUGUCCGCCUUCUGUCUGCUGGUCAUCCUGGGCGGCCUCGGCACAUGUUGCCUGGUCACGCGGGACAAGGAGCAGCCACCGGUCGGAGCUGCAGUAAACAAGGGACAGCAACUUAUUGCGUUCACUUAAUAACGUAUACUUAAUAUAUGUCUGGACGUAUAUGAUAAGUUAGUUUUAGUGUCUGUCAAGUAUUCGCGAACAGUAUUCGA